GUUGUCAUAUUAAAUCAGUAUUUCUUUGUUGUGUGAGAUGGAUUGUGCCAAUUAUUGAUAUCAAUGCCACUAUUUCAUUCACUGUUUACAGCAUUGACAUAAUUUUAUUUAAUGACAGUAGAAACCUACUGACUCCUGUGAUUCCUAAUGGAUAGUUCAGUCAAUACUCGACCACUUCUCCAAAGAAGUGACACUGAUAGUGAUUUUGAUGAAGAUCCUGCUGCGAUUAGGACAGAAAAUAAUGAUGAUGUGAUAAUAAAAGAUACUAAACCUCUGUUUAAUUCCUGGGAGCCUGCAGAUAGGUACAAUACAGGAUAUAUAAUAUUCUAUAUACUGGGCACCAUAAUUUUAUUGCCAUGGUUUUUUUUCAUUACUGCUGAAGAGUAUUGGAUGUAUAAAUUUAGAGCUUUGAAUACGAAUGUUACUCUGACUGAAAAAGGAAGAUCUGAAUUACAAGCAUGUUUCACAUCGUACAUGACUAUCGCAGCAACUGUCCCGAGCACAUUGUUUCUUAUAAUCAAUCCUUUGAUCAAUCACAAGAUUUCCUUGAAUGUGAGGAUGAUUGGUUCUUUGGUGACUAUGUUGGUGUUAUUUAUUGUGACUACAGUUUUUGUUAAAAUUAACACUGAUUCCUGGCAAUAUGAGUUCUUUGUUUUGACUUUGAUUAUAAUCGUGGCACUGAAUGUUGCUAGCGCUAUCCUUCAGAGUGCAGUGUUUGGCGUUGUGGGACGAUUUCCAUCAAGAUAUAUAGCCGGGACUGUUAGCGGUCAGGCUUUAGGUGGAAUCAUGGCUGCCGUUGCCGAGAUAGUAUCCUUGUGGCUUGGUGCCUCGCCCCUUCUUUCUGCUCUAGUUUACUUUAUUAUGGCGGAUGCGUUUAUUGUGAUAUCUAUUCUGUCAUACAUAUUUCUGGCAUCUACUGUUUUUUUCAAGUUUCACAGUAAAGAAUUACCCAGGCAAGGAUCCAUACAAUACGAACCAGUGGUCGAAUUGGAGAAGGAAAAUCCAAUAGUCAGAGAAAUAUGUUACACUGGCAUUUUGAAAAAGAUUUGGGUGCAUGGGAUGUCUUUGUGGUAUUGUUUCGUUGUAAUGUUUUGCGUCUACCCAUCAAUUACAGUUCUUGUGAAAUCCAUGUAUGAGGGAAAUGGUUCAGCUUGGAAUGACAUAUAUUUUGUUCCGGUUGUAACAUUCUUAUUCUACAGCAUGUCUGAUUAUAUUGGUCGACUCAUUUCUGGUUAUUUACAAUGGCCGGAAAAAAGAAGUUGGAUCAUUGGAGUGAUGAGCCUUGUGAGGACUGCUUUCAUUCCGCUGGUAAUGUUAUGCAAUGCGCAGCCGAGACAUCACCUUCCUGUCCUAAUUACGUCUGAUUGGUAUUAUAUUGCUAUCAUAAUUAUUUUCGGUCUCUCCAAUGGAUACUUAGCCAACAUUACAUUUAUUACUGUACCUAAGAUAGUUGCACCACACGAACAAGAGGUAGCAUCAACUAUGCUUGCAGCAUUUCUUGGUGUAGGGAUCGCUUGCGGGUCUGGCAUCAGCCUGUUAUUUGUUAAACUACUUUAAGAUCACUUUUACCUCACAUUCCCGUUAAUUCUGCGUAUGGCAGUUUUAACUUUUCUGUUGUUAACGACUAUAUCCUCCUGCUUGAUACUUAGAAAUUAAUCAACCUCCAUGAUAUCUCUCAGGAAAUGUAUGUACUUAGUACUAUGGAGAAUCGUGUUGAAAAAUUUAUAUUAUUGUUGUUUCCAUGCUUUAUUAUCUAUAUGAAAAAGAGGAUAUAUAUAAAAACUUUCGAAAAUGUUAAAAGUUAUAAAUUUAUUAUCUUAUAUAUAAAACUUGUACAUGGUUAGUUUUGGAGAUUUAAAGAUAAUAUUUUUAUCGGAACGAUUUAAUCAUUUGAAAUAUUUAUCUGCAGUAAAACCUCUUUUAAUUAGUCUGAAGGGUUAGGCAUGGAUAAGGAUAAAAUAAAGUUGAAUCUUUAGAAAUAUUGAAUACAUGUGUCAUAUUGAUGGAUCCAUUAAAAAACUUAUUUUAAGCAAAAUUAAUGCUAUAAAAGUAUAUUUUACAAAAAUUAUUUUGAACUUUUUUGGGGUUCAAGUAGAAGCACCGAGAUCCAGAAUUUGAAAUCUGUUUAAUUAACUGGUUCCAUAAAUAUUUUACAUAAGUUUUUGUUGGAGACAACAUGAAAUUGUCUGGCCAUGAAUAUCAUCAAUUUUUUAUUGAAAACAAUUAGUUAUAAAACGAUCAGCUACUUGAAAAUUUUAUGUUUUUUUUUUUUAAAUCAAUUAUAUAAAAUCUCAAUGCGCUCUUUUUUAUAUUUUGACUGCUACUUGAGCUAUCUAUAUCACUGUAUUUUAUUUAUUUAUUUAUAUAUGCAUAUAUUUUUGUAACUUUUUUGUAUGUUUCGGGUAGGGAGGUCCUUUAAAGUUGAAAUCAUUUGAGCUAUACAUGUCAUAGCCCUGAUGUUCAGUGUGCUAAAAUACUGUUAAGAAAUCACUGUAUAAAUUGUAUGGUACAAAUA